UGCUUUGCUACAGCACCGCCAUCAUCAAGCCUAGAGAUGCUGCUUAGCUCUACUGUGCGAUUCAUGUGUUUGGUGUGUGAGUGAAGCCUGUUUUGCCAGGAGGAUUAAGGGAUUUUUUUCCUCUGUCCUAUUUUAUCUGCUGGACUGUGCCACAAACUGCUGGGCGGCCUUAAAUCGUCUUUGGAUAUUCCAGCAUUCACAGCUGGAGAUUAAAUUUUGGAGUUGGGAGUCCUGCCAUGCUGAACUGGGUGCCUUCACAUUUUUCUAGAUCAUCUCAGCAGUCAGAUCGUAUCCAUUUGUUUUUAUUGAUUUAUUCAUCUUCUGCUAGUGCUGGUCAGUGCUGCUUUCACCUGAGGCAUAACACAGUGAAGCACAGCAUGGCAUGUGGGUCAUAGCCAGCGUUACGCUUCUACAGUAGGACAUUUUUGUUUUUUUGCCCAAAACAGAGGCUGUUUUGAUUUUCUUUUUUAAGAGAUGUUAUGGUCUCCGAAGGUCGGUCUCUCAAUCAUCCACGUGCGUCUGACAGCCAAGGGGUUACUCCGAAAUAUCCAGCUGCUAUCAGGAUGCAGGAAGAACACAGUGGUUUUCCAAACAGUGGACAAGACCAAACCCAAGACGAGCUCCCGCCAGCAGCAACCUGAUCGGCACACAUCCCAACCGAACCAGAGUACCAGACCUCCAGAUGUGGUGCCAGCAAGUGUUGCCGAAAGUGAGACGAAGGACAAAACCAUCCAGGAGCUCAGGGAACACCUGGCAGCCAGUAACUGCAGAUUUGAGGCAUUCACUAUCGUCUUGCAGCAUGCUCUGGCUGAGCGUGAUGAAUCUAUCCGGCAGUGCAGGAGGCUGUCCCAGGAGCUGGUCGACCUUCGAGGAGAGCUGGAGAGUUCAGCUAAUUCCUCCGCACGUCUGGAGAAGGAAAAAGAAGAGCUGCGUUUUGCUCUGGAUGAUGCACUGCAGAAGCUCCAGGAGCAGCAUCAGAAGGACCUGGUCGAGCUGGAGCACAGACUACAGGCCUUCUACCAGGCGGAGUGGGACAAGGUCCACCAAACCUACCAGGAGGAGGCUGACAAGUGCAAGAGUCUCAUGCAGCAGCAGAUGAGAGAGCUUAAAGCUAAUCAUGAUGCCAUGAAGCUGGACCUAGAGAAUAGCCAUGCUGAACAGUUGCAGUGUGUAAAACAGCAAUAUGAUCAGUCACUGGAAGAGCUCAGGAAAGUCCACACUGAGGAGCUGGAUUCUCUGGACAAAUCUUUGAAAAAUGCAGAAGCAACUUUAUCUGGAAAGAUUCAAGAGCUGACUGUGGAGAACAAUGCCCUAAUUGAGAAGCUAACAGCAGAGGACCAGAGGAAGGAGCUGGCUGAAAAGAGUCAGCAGAAGGACUCCCACACGUUGUAUCUGGAGCAGGAGCUGGAAAGCCUCAAAGUCGUGCUGGAUAUCAAAAACAAACAGCUGCAUCAGCAGGAGAAGAAGCUGAUGGAGAUAGACAAACUGACGGAGAAAAAUGUGAAGCUGGAUGAGAGUCUUCGGAAGGUCCAACAGGAGAAUGAGGAUCUCAAAGCCCGUAUGGAAAGACACGCUGCUCUGUCAAGACAGCUGUCCACAGAGCAGGCUGUGCUGCAGGAAUCCCUCCAGAAGGAAUCCAAAGUGAACAAGCGUCUGUCCAUGGAGAACGAGGAGCUGCUGUGGAAGCUCCACAACGGAGACCUGAGCAGUCCCCGCAAAGUGUCUCCCACCUCCACGUCCCCCUCCCACUCCUUCAGCCUCCAGUCCCCUCGCAGCUCAGCCUACUUCUCUAGCCCCCCGGUCUCACCCAGAUAACGAUGGGCCCCUGCUUCCAGGAAGCAGACCCUCCUGUCUUUGGAGUUAUCCCUCUGGAAUGAAGAGCCAUGUCUGGGCCUCGGCUCUUCAGGAUCGGAUCUGCUCGGACCCUUGUUUGGAGAUUCUACAGACUGUAAUAAAGGAUUGUUGCACAGAAGCACUUAAUCAGCAGAGUUGUUUGCCUUUCACUGCGGAUACUGUGGAUGGGGAAAUAGGAAAUCUCAGGAGUUCUAUGUGUUCACUAUCUUUGUCACUUGUAGUUGUCAGAGGCUUUUCUUUCCUGAAGCUCAGCGCUCACACUCAUGCAGUAAACACACAGGCCUGAACACAUGCAGAUACAGCCCUGUGGUGUGGACAGUGUUGCACAUCUUGGAUUCCUGCAUUACUGCUCAGAAGAGUCAGGACUGCUGUGCUGCUCCACUAUCACCUACACCAAAAGAGUCAGAUUAAAAAACCCUCCUAUUCAGGCUCCUCUGGUCCAGAGCACCUAUGGGCAUGGUUACUACAUUUUACAUUUAGUUCACAGUUAAAAUGGCCUCCAGUGUUUUUUCUACUUUGACAUUUCUGUGUUUGUUUGACCAAGGGACCAAUUCCAGUCAUUUGUGCAUGUUGUUGAGUCUCUGUUGUGUAAUCACCCCUUAGUGACUCUCCUAAUGCAGCUUUAAACCUGGGGUCUUUACAAAGAGUUGAACCAUAAGAAGCUUUACUUGUACAUGUCUGACACGUUGCAUCUUGGAAAUGUGUCAAAAUGAGUAUUUGUGUGGAAUUUAUACCAUUGGUGUGUUGACCCCGUUUUGAAAUAUGCAAUUAAUAAAGUCUUGUAUUAAACUUGAAGUUGGCAGCUAAAUGAUGA